ACUGCCAAUCAAACUACGGGUAAACCAUGGCAACCGGGCCUGCCAGCUGUCCAUCAGAGGGCAGCGUUUCCUGCUGCCGCCGCCGUGAUUGUCUUAGUUGCAGUAAAUCGCUUCGCUGUCUUCAGUUCGCGCGUUCUGUUUCUUCCCCUCUCUUUUUCUGUGUCUAUUCUUUAUGCUCGCCAUUUAAAGUAUUGAUCGAUGCAGGUCAACAUGUUGGGAAAAGGCACAAAGCGUAAAUUUCCUGAGGAGCAAGUUGUAGAUGCCUGCCCUGAUUCUGUUGGUAGCAGUCUUAAUUUGCCAUAUAAUUUGCAACGCCAGUCACUUCUAAACAUCUCAUUGUUCAAACUUCAGCUCUGCAAGAUGGUGGUGGAACCAAAUCUUUGUCGUUCAGUGCUUAUAGCCAACACCGUGCGACAGAUUCAGGAGGAAAUGAUACAAGACUGCAGUUGGCAGGGACAAAUGGCUUUCACAGGAAGUGAUCUGUACAUAGAUCAUACUUCUUCAGAUAGUCUAAUUGCCACAGAUUUUUUAUGUAGCCCAAACAAAGAGCUACAUGUAGAAAGUACCACUGCUUCCAUCCGCAAUACCGACACACUUACUAAAAGCAAGAUUCUCUGUGGACUUGACAUGAAAAUGUUCCACUUUGUUCUGUGUAAUCACAAGAGUACUGUGAAUCUGGGCACAGAAGACAACGCUCGCUAAGGAUUGAAAAUGUAAAGAUGUUUUGCAUAAUUUUAAAAAUUGAAGCAUUUAUAAUUUACAUUGAGGUGCAUAUUUUAUUUCAAAUUAAGCCACUUGGUUACAUUUUAUAAAAAGCCAUAUUUUCUGAUGGUUGGAUAGUUAGCACAAGCUGAAUUCUAAUUGGGACAGUUGAUCUAAGUUAUUACAAGUUAUUUAUUUAUUUAAAUGAAUAUCAUACAAUUGUGAAGUUUUGGGUUGCAGUAUGCACCCAAUUAUGAUUAUGAAUCCUGAUUUGGAUGGCAGAUGUCCAGUUUUUAAACUACUUGGGAGCUAUUAAGGGGUCAGAAUUCUUUUCAAGCAGUAUUACAUAGAAUUUAUAUCUUUAGUUAAAAGCUUUAGAAAAGAAAAUGCAGUAUAUUAAUAGCAGUAACUAUUGACUUAAGUCCCAGAGAGAAAUUGCAUUUAGGUUAUAUUAAAUGUUAAAACUAAUCUAUUUUGUAUUAUUCAUUAACAAAACACAUUUUAUUCAUGUUUAAGCAAUAACGUAAAGCCUGAAACAUUAACAUGUACUUUAGAUAUUUGUAAUUGUAUGCAAAGUUUUUUUUUACUGAGAAAUGGAUUUGUUCAAUAAAAAUAUACACAUGCUUUUUUUGUAUUUACUGUGUUGCUUUUUAAUAUAUACAAAUUAAAGUUUGUUUGUACGGUU